GAUGGCUGAGCGCUCGUGCCAGACGGACCUGUACUAGGUGUCCCCAAAACAAAUAUAAGAUUUACUUAUAAAAACUGUGCUGUGUUGUGUGUCCUAGUGAUAUACCGUGUGCACCAAAACCUUUAAGUUAUAAUGGGUAACAAGCAAUUGAAUAAAAAGAAGACAUCUCGAAAAAGACAACUCGGAAGAUUCCAACAAACAAUGGAACUAACGAAAAGAAGAAAAUUGGAUAAUUUCACAGCCGAACAUGAUACUAUAUCUUUAGACUACAUCGAACUGCAAAAUAUGGAAAUGGAAUCUCCGAUUUCAUCAACCACUGACAUUCAAAGUAACGAUGAGGCGACCGGCUCAAACAUUUUGAACCCACGCAUUGCACAGGUGGAUGACACUUAUCGGGUUCCUAGUAUAUUAGAGGAAGAAGAUACCCAUGAGUUACAAAUAUCGUUCAAUGUGGAAGAAGAGCUUCCUGACAAAACCGUCGGUCGAAGAAUUGUCGCAGUUAGUUACCAUUCGAUUCGAUUCCUCGCAUUUUAUCCAAUAAAAGAUUGUAUGGAAACUAUAUACAUAAACGCAAUAUUUCACCGACAAAAUCGCAAUUUUCUUGUUUUGUUCAUACUUCAAGAUGGACUCUUUGUGACCUUGACGUCACGGUCACAUAUCGUUUUGUUCGGGGCGUUUCGCGAGUGAAGUACGACUGUCGGACUUUGACUAUCAUUUCUGACUUUUGUAUUCCUUUAAUGCAAUGGAUCCCAUAUAGACUUUUGAUCCUAAAGACAAACCUGAUCGAUUGAUACCAUAAAUGAAAAUUAGUCAUCUAUUAUCGAUAAGUAUAUAUGUUUUUCUUCAUCAAAUUAUCAAUAAUUUUCAUUUUUUAGAUUGUUCCCUCUAUAAACUCCUAAUAGUCUACCUU